AACUGGCAAUAUUUUUAUAAUAAAUCAGUAAAAAUUCUAGCACUACAGUGUUCGGCGAAGGUCGUCUACCAAAUGCCCGCCUUACUCUUCUUAUGCUCUCCAUCAGCUCCAUUGCGAAGCUUACUCCGGCCACAACCUCACCGCCUCGGCCUGCUAGUCUCCCAGCCCGGCUUCCGCUUCCAUUUCGGCCGAAAUAUCGGAAGCCGGAGCACCAUCGAAAGCCAGUGUCGGACGUCCACGCCGAUGGCUGUAAUAUCGCUGGAAAGCGGAGCGCUUUUGCAGGAUGCAGUUGCGUCUGCUGUGGCCUCUGGAGUGGCCCUUGCGCUGCUCCGCUUCUGGGAGGAGAUGGCAAAGAGAGGGGUUUUUGAGCAGAAAAUGAACCGAAAGUUGGUGCAUAUAAGUGUUGGAUUGGUUUUCCUACUUUUUUGGCCUCUAUUCAGUUCUAGCAAUUUGGCACCAUUCCUUGCGGCUCUAGCUCCAGGUGUGAAUGCUAUACGUAUGUUGCUAUUGGGACUAGGAGUUUGGAAAAAUGAUGCCAUAGUCAAGUCAAUGAGCAGACAAGGAGACUACAGGGAGCUUCUAAAGGGGCCGUUAUAUUACGCUUGCACCAUUACAUUGGCUACCACAAUCUUUUGGCGAACAUCUCCCAUUGCAGUAUCCGCAAUCUGCAACUUGUGCGCAGGAGAUGGCUUCGCCGACAUAAUAGGAAGAAUGUUUGGAAAACACAAGUUGCCUUACAAUCCAAGCAAGUCCUUCGCAGGUACCAUUGCCAUGGCGGCUUCAGGAUUCUUAGCAUCUAUCCUGUACAUGCAUUUCUUUGCUUUAUUUGGAUAUAUUGAGGAGAGCUGGAGCUUGGUCUUGGCUUUCUUUAUAGUAUCAGCAGCUUCUGCAAUGGUGGAGUCAUUGCCGAUCAGUUCAGAGCUUGAUGACAACUUAACAGUGCCUUUGACAUCUUUAUGUGUUGGUGCUGCGAUUUUCUGAUCCAGAAUCUAAGGGAAUAAGACUCCAAAUUGGAUUAAUCCUGUGAUUUUCUGGAUGAGUUGGUAAAACUGGUAAGAGGUAGUACAUUUUUUAGCAUUAGAAAUGAAGAAAGGAUUGUUGUGAUUUGUUCAAUGUCCACACCUGUAGCUGGUUUUUUUAAUAUAUAUAUAUAUAUA